CAAGCAAGAACCAGCAUGUUUGGCAGCACAUCAACUUCGAAGGAACGGAAUGGAGAGAAGCCCGUUUCCGCUUCCGGGUAUGUGGACUACACGGAGCCUUACGAUAGCAGCGAUCAACCCAAGCAGCAGUCGAGCUCAGAGUUUGUACCACGCUCCACGGUGGAGCAAGUGAAUCCGCCAGCUACACAACAACGAGCUCAAGCGAAUGCUAACUACGCUCAGCCUAAUCCCAGUUACAACACAGACCCAGAGCGACGUGCUCCACAGCCUGUAACUUAUACAGAACCUGAGCGCAUUGCUGUCCAGCGUACACAGCCUAAUCCCAGCUACGUUCAGCCCAAUCCCGUUCAUGUCGAUGCGGAACGCAGUGUGCCACAGCGAGCACAACAACCCAGUGCCGACUUCACUCGUCUGCGCAGCAAUGUGCUGCCCGUGGAGCAGACGCAACACAAUCCGAAAGAACGCACGCUUAGCACCAACUACAACACAAAUUCCACAGCCAAUUCAAGUGCCGACUAUGUGCUUAAAGAACGCUCCAAUGCGAAUUUUGUUUUGCCCUCGCAGAUGCGACCAGCGCUUGGUCCGCCCCAGCCGCGACCUCCCUUCGCCGGCGCCCGUCCCAUGGUCGGUGUGGGUCCCCGACCGCCCAUGCCCCCGAAUAUGGUGGGCAGACCGAUGCCGCCGCCGCUGCGGCCCACAGACAGCAAGAGCAAUCUGCUGAUGGGUCCGCCACCGCCCAUGAGACCGGGCAUGCCGCCGCCGCAGCUCAGUCAGCAGAGCAUGCAGCAAGCGCGUUUGCCCAAUGCCGGUGGAGGAGGACCCUUAAGUCCACCGGGACAAGGACCACCCAGGCCACAAGGCCAAGGUUUCCCAUGGUCAGCUGGACCGCCGCCGCCUGGCGCAAGGCCACCACAGAACAUGCAACGACCGCCGCCGCCAACAUUUGCACGUCCCAUGCCCGGGCAGCCGUUGCAGGCGCCCUUCCGACCCCAGCUCUACAAUCCACAAGGGCCACAGGGGCAACCCCAACAGCAGCAGCAACAGCAGCCGCUGCAUCAACAGCUGCCACAACAGCUGCGACCACCGUCGUCGGCGGGCAUGCACAACGAUAAUGAUGAUGAUGAUGUCAUCAUGGGUCAGGCGGUGACGCCGCUGAAGACGUUCAACAUGCGCAGCGAUCCGAUGGGUUCGCCGCUGCUGGAGGAAACGGAGCCACCAUUUGACACCAGCACACCGUCGCCCACAGAUGCAUUGCCCAAGAGUAAGAAAGGUGACAAUGACAGCGGCGUGGAUGAGUCCACUCAAGAGAAGGAUCGCAACGGACCGAAUUCACCGAGUUCACCGGUUAAGACGCCCACAUCGAGCUCCUCGAAGCCAGACAAGUCGGGCAUCUCCAGGCCACCGAGUGCCACACCAUCGAAUAAAUCAGCAUCCAAGUCGCGCAGCACCUCCAAGAAUCGUCUGCUGCUCAAGACACCCGAACCCGAGCCGGCCAAGAAAGUUCCAAUGAACAAGGUACAGGUUGGCCAUGCGCCGUCGCCCAAUCUGAAGGCGGUACGUUCGAAAAUCGGUUCGCUGGAUAAUGCCACCUACAAACCAGGCGGCGGUAAUGUCAAAAUCGAGUCGAAGAAGAUCGACAUUAAGGCUGCACCACGCAUCGAGGCCAAGAACGACAAAUAUAUGCCCAAAGGUGGCGAGAAGAAGAUAGUUACAACAAAGUUGCAGUGGAAUGCCAAGUCGAAAAUUGGCUCAUUGGACAAUGCGGCACAUAAGCCUGGCGGCGGCGACAAGAAGAUCGAGACACUGAAAAUGAACUUCAAUGACAAGGCCAAGUCAAAGGUUGGCUCCAAGGACAAUGUGAAGCAUCAGCCCGGCGGUGGCGACAUCAAGAUACAAUCGCAAAAAAUAGAAAUUAAGGCACAAAGCAAAGUUGGCUCUUUGGAUAAUGUAAAGCACAAGCCCGGUGGCGGUGAAAAGAAGAUUUUCGAUGAUAAGGAUUAUUUGAAAAAUGUUGAACACUCUGUUGCACUGACAACACCACCAACACAGAGUCCACAACCAUCCAUGACGGCUUCAACAAGCGGCGCUGAUGAAAAUUUGAAUCAACAAAGUUAAAUCAAAAACAAAAAACAAAAAAAUGUCCAAAAUGCAUGUUGAGAAAAAUGAAAACUCACACAGAUACACACACUCACACUCAUACAGAUACAAUUGAUCAAAGCUUAUUUGAAAUGUAAUUUGUAAGCAAAAAAGUUACACAAAAUUAAAAGUAUGCAAUAACUCCCACAAACCACAAUAAGAGUAUUUAAUCAAUUUGAUAAUUGAAUUGUGCAAGCACACACACAAAAACACAAUCACACACACACACACAGUUAUACAAUCUGAUAAUGAAAAACAAAAACAAAAAAAUUAAAAAGUAUAUGACUAGUUGAUCAAUGCACUAUUUAUCAAAAUAAAAAGGAUAACAAGGCAAAUGCAUAAACUAUAUAUAAUCUAUACAUACAAUAUGCAAAAAAAAAUUCAUAUACUAUAUAUAUAUAUAUUGAAAAGGAAAAAAGUAUCUAAAGAGUUAAGACAAUUAUACAAAAAGACAUAUAGAUAAUUGCAUAAAAUAUCUGUGGCUUUACGUGUAGUUAAAUGUGUUGAUCGAUUCAUAUUUUCACUCCUAACGCGUAAUGUUGAAAUAUUAAAUUUGAAUUUAAAUAUCAGAAUCACAAUCAGAAUCAAGAUACAAUUGAAGCUCUUCAGCAAUUUAGAUACUUUUGCAAAACAUAAAUAAAAAGAAAAAAACGAAAUCAAAAUCAAUAUAAACCGAACCGAAGCGAAGAUAGCAAGAACAAUUUACCACUGAUUAAGCAUACUAUUAUAUUUUAUAAUUUGUAAUAUGUAAUUUGUAAUUUGUACGAGUAUCCUCUUAAUACAUAGGAAAAAUGCAUCAUUCUCACAACUUAUUUACACCCCUGUUACAAAAUGUAAGAAUGCAAAUUGAAAUGCAAAUUAAAAACGUAAUAAAAAACAAAA